AUGAAUUUUAAUAUUAAGCGGGUGUUUUCUAAUCAAUUAAGCGAAUAAAAUCAAUUGGUUAUUGUUUUUGGAUAAGUCAUAAAUUGCUUGAAAAUGACUUCUCAGCAAUAUUGCAUUACUAUCACGGAUAACUUUGGUAAUUUAGAGUUUUGGUGGCAUCAUGACAUUUCAAUUGGUAUUUAUGUUGAAGUUUUGGGUACAUAUUAGCAGAAGAUUUUUAAUGAUAUUAAAUUUAAUAAGAUAUAUGCCAAAAGAAUCAGUAUUCAAUUAUAAUAUUUAGAAAUAUUUGACUCAUCCAAUAGCUAUAUGUUAUGUUUUUUGGAAACCAUUUUCGAGUAAAAGAAAGAACAGAAAUAGGAGAAACAGUUAUAAUUUCAGAAUCAAAUUUUGGUUGUGAACCACUCAUAAGAGCUCACAACUGAAAUAGCAGUUUACUACUUAAAAUUAAUUGGAGGCAAAUAUUUAAAGAAUUAUGAAAUGAAAGAUGAUUAUAUAGUUAAUUUUAAAGGGGAGGAAUUUGAGGACAUGAUAUAUUCAAAAGAGGAACUGAAGAUGUCAAUUCAAAUUUUGCAAAGUGUUGGUAUUUUUAAUGGAAAUGUUGUGUGUAAAUAAGAGUUUUUUAACAUGAUUAACUUAGUGAAGAGUAUAUUAAGUGAUGGGAAAGCACUGAGUAUUAAGGAGUGCACUAAAAAAAUAAAUGAUUAUUAUUUAUUUAAAGGAUAUUAAUUGUUUACAGAAGAGAUAUCUGUUUGCAUUUUUAAUUUAUUUCUCUUGAAUUAUGUAUGCAUUUAGGAUUCAAGUAAUACAAUAAUGAUUAGAAAAUGA